GGUCAUUUGAGUUUGAGACCCCUGCUAUAACACAAAAAAUCCUGAUCACAACUAAAGUAAUUUUUAAGGUUUUGACCAAUGAAUAGAAUGAUUUGAUAUUAUGCAGCUGACUGCUGCAUAACUUCUACUAUUGUCUUCUUCAUAAACCAGAUGUUUUAAGGGCCUUUCAUGUAGACUGAUAACAGUGUUUGUGUAAAAAGUAACUGAGUGUUGUAGUUGUCAGAUUAUCCAAGAAAGUAAUACUUUGGAAAAAGAGCGAUGAGGACAUGAAAAAACUUGCUUAGUGAGAUAGUUCUUUUUUAUUUAAUUAUUAUUCUCUUUGCAACUGUGCUGGUUUAAGUCUUAAGCAUUCUGUCAUUCUGUGAGUUCACAGUUUUGUUUUUUCAUGAGGGAGUGGAUGGCUCAGGUCACUGGUUGUGAUUAUACUGUCAUCUCUGAACUGUUGGUUCACAUGCAGCCUAGAUUAUUAGGAAAUUUAAAGCUGAUGGCCUACUAUGUGAAAUGAAUUGGUAGUACCUGUCAAUUUCCUAGUGGCUAAGCAAUCACAAUUGGUUCCAAUCACUGCCCUCACUGGCAGUCUCAGAAGAGAAGCCAAGGAGUGAAUGGGCAUGGAGACUGAAUUGCCUUCUCAUCCCUAAAGAUAGAUUCUUCAGAACAAAUUUGAGGUUUAUUGGUGGAGUAAGGAAUUCUUUUGCUGCUGUUGCUUUACUUGUUCUGUGCCUAAAUAAUGGCUGCUAGUAUCCACCCAGAGCCAUCAGUCCAGCACCUCUUACAAACUAAAUAAGUUCCAUUUUUAAGCAGAAAAGUUUACAACCUUGUAUGCCAACGGGAUUUACAAAAAGAAAAGGAGCACUUGUGGCACCUUAGAGUACUCCUUUUCUUUUUGCAAAUACAGACUAACACGGCUGUUACUCUGAAACAGGAUUUACAUUUCUCAACCUUUUGCCAAGGCCCUCCAGCAGAGAGGAAGAAGUGGGGACCUGAUGUUUCUCAUAUAACAAACAAACCAAAACACAUUUUUGGUGAUAGGGGCCCAGAUACCAUGGUGCUGGGCAUAGUAUAGAUGGAUACCCUUCAUACAUAAUAAAUGGACAGUAAAAGGCAAAAUUCAUGUAUAUUUUUGGUUGUUAACCUUGAGCACAGACCGUAUUGCAGUGAGUGGCUAAUAGGAUAUGUAAAGACAUGUAGCACAUUACCACCCAGUCCUGAAAUCUUUACUCACACAAGUAGUUCUUACUCACAUAGGACUUGAUUGUGCACAGUUGCACUGCCCCACAAAUAGUCCAAAGAACAAACUGUGACUCAGUGUCAUAGUUCCUCCCUUUUGUACUUGUUCUGAGGAAAGAAUAAGUUACUUCACCCUUCUUCAUAAAGCAAUUUCCUCCCUGCUGUGCAUCUAACCAGCUGCUGUGGGCUGCAAGCUGGGAAAUUGGAGCCAUGGCUCCUUCCAAGGCCCCUUUCUGCCCUCUCACUCGUCACCCUUGCUCUCCUCCCCACAGCCUGAAUCACUAUCUGAACAGCUGAGCACAAGAAUAAGGAGGGUCUUACUUUCCUGUGGGGCUGACUAAGAGCUGUGACAAACUAGCCCAUUAGCACUUCUGUUGAAGUCAGUGCUCUUUCCCCCAUUUGAGCCUCUUAACAAAAGUAUCUACUUGAUACAUCAUGCUGUUUUUUAUUAAAUACAUUGCAAUUGUAUCUGGAUGACAAGCCUCAUAUACCCAGUUACAAUAUGGAAUUCUUUCCACCUGAAUACUUUAAUAUCUUUUACUGAAAUAAUUGUAAUACCCUUGGCAAUGACAAUAUUUGAACUAGCUUUACUUUAGUGAAAGAUCAACAAUAACAAAGUGCAAGCUAAAUGAAUUCAAAGCUCUGCUUCAAAAUCUGUGGUACAAUAUGGCCCAGAAUUAUUAAUGUGAUUCAGUUUAGCCCUAAUUCAUUUUUAAAAUACUCUGUUCACUGGGAAAGCUUCCUAUUAGAGGAAAUUUAAAUCUUAUUAAAGAUUUAGACUGUAUUAUUAACAUAUGUUUUCCUUCCAAGUUUCAUGUUGCAGGGAGUUAGUACGGUUGCAUUUUAUCUUUAGGCAUCAGAGUUCAAAUUCUGCCUUGCACAAGUGAAUACGAGUUUGGUCUCAACCUAGACCCUGACCUUGCAACAGGUGGACCCAGGGGCCAUUGUUUUCAUUUUGAUUCAAUUCAUAAUCCUCAUUUGUCUCUGCUCCAAAGAGUUUACACUUCAAAGAAACUAAUGCAAGGUCUACUUUUUUUAUGGUUCUUUGGGUAGGAGACAGAAAUUUCUUGGGGACUGAUCCAAGACUUUGAAACUCACUUCUGCGGAAACUAAGAAUGACCACGAACUUCAUCACUUUCCAUUCCAAAUGCAAAAUGCAGUUCUUUUCCCUAGCAUUCAAACAUGAGAAGCUCAUAAUAAAUCAGACACAAGAAAACAAAACUACACAAGCUUCUUUCUCCUCCAGGGAGAGGAAUGGAGAAGGAACCCCUUGCUAGUCACAUUCCUUAAUGCAUCAAGGGAAGAUGCUCAGAUACCGCAAUGAUGGGUGUGGUAUAAGAACAGGAAAAGAACAGAACAGUGCCUGAAUAUUACUGCAGGUGUUGGAAAUCAAACUAGUUAAAACCAGUGCAAACCACUAAUGCAGACACAUUUAAACCAUUUUAAUGCUUGCUUUAAAUCAGUUUAGCUUAAUUCAGUAAUUUAUUGACAAAAACUAAACAAAUUUAAGAAAGAGUUAAACUGGUUUGAGUGUGUGUGUGUGUGUGUGGGGGGGGGGGUUAAUUAGGGCUUUGCACCAGUUUAACUAGAUGGAAUUAACAAUUGCACUAGUUUAACUAAACUGAUUUUCUGUCCUGAUAAGCCAAGCCUGAGAGAAACUACAUAAUACAGGCCGGAUGUUCAGCAGUGAUGAGCCCCCACAACUGGAGUUGGAGUACCUGAAAGAUGAUAAUGGGGCUAUACUCCCCGCCCUGUUAUGCUUGGCUCCAUUCACUUGCCGGGGUAUGGAGGCAAGGAAAGGAUAUGGGUGGGUUGGUUGGUUGGGUUUUUUUUUUUUUUUUUGCUUAAUCUUCAACUCGGUUUAAUCUAAUGUUUCCAUACUGGUUGGGGGGAAACUAUUUGUCAUUUGUACUUCAACAAAACAAGGAUGUUAAGGUCAAACCUCACUCCUGACACAUUUCCUUUAGCGGAGGGCGGUGGGCUCGGAGACAUUCUUGGGAGCUGCGAGGAGAAAGAGUUGGCUGGGGUCGAGCUUGGUUUCAGCUUGAGAAUCCAGUCCUCCCCCACUUCACAGUGGGAAGGGAAGAUGCGUGGAGCGAUUCCCCUGUGCGUCCUCCUGCACGCCAGCUCUGUGCUGUGCGGUGCCGAGCAGCCCCGCGGGAACCACACUUGGUGCGAAGGCUCUGGCGCCUGCUACAGUGUCCACCUCGCCCAAGUGCCCUUCGGCAGAGCCCAGGAGGCCUGCGCUCUGCGCGGGGGAGCGCUGAGCACGGCCAGCGGGGAGGCAGAGGUGCGGGCCAUCCUCGCCCUGCUGCGAGUGGUUGCGGCCGGGCCCGGCUCCUGGGUGUUCUGGCUCGGGCUGGUCAGGAGAGCGCCGCAAUGCACCCAGGUGGAACGGCCGCUGCGGGGCUUCUCCUGGCUGGCGGGCACCCAGCAGGCGCUGCAGGGAGAGCCCGAGGAGUUGGACAAGUGGGUGAAAGAGCCGAGCAGGUCGUGCACCACCCGGCGGUGCGCGGGGCUGCAGGUCACUGCGGGGCGCCAGGACCUGGAGCCCUGGGGCUGGAGGGAGCGGACCUGCAAGAACAGCACCACGCAGGGCUACGUGUGUAAGUACCCCUACAACGGCACCUGCCCCGCUCCGCGGCCCCAGGGCGCCCGCAGCCUCCUCUUCUCGCUCCCUUACCAGCUGCACAGCGCCGCCCUGGACUUCAGCCCCCCGGGCACUGAGCUCGUGGUGGCCUGCCCCGGGCCCCAGGGAGACGUGCGGCUGCGCUGCGAGCUGGGGCAGGGCGGCUACAGCUGGACGGGCGCUGGGGAGCAGCUGUGCCCUUGCCCCUCCGGGUACCGGAGCCCCGGCACUGGAGCCUGCCUGGAGCCCGGAGACUGCACCAGCGCCCAGGGCGCUUUCCUCUGCGUGUGCGCCCAGGGCUUCCUCCUGGGGGCCGACAAGAAAUCCUGUGUGCGCCCCGGGCACACUGGGGGCUCGGCCACAGCGGCACCCCACCCGACCCUGUCUGCGGGGGGGACUCUCCCCAGCAGCAGCUCGGGUGCGCCUCCCCCCCCCUCCAGCCCUCAGCCAAGCACAGCUGGGGAGGUAAAGUCCUCGUCCUCCCCCACCUAUGUCUUCAUCCUGGUGGCCACGGCUGUGGUGACGGUGGUGAUCCUGGUCGGGGCCGUGCUGGGGGUCUUCAAACUCUGCUUCAUGAAGAGCCCCUCCUCGGCUAGCCGGGACGGCAGGGAGCCGGCUCCCGCAGCGGCCGCAGAGAGUGAUGCGGAGGCCACCAGCACCAGUUCCGAGAAUUCCCUGGAGGCCCGGGGAGACGCGACAGAGAGAUUGCCCGGCGAGCCCAGCCCAGAGGAGGAAGCUCCUCCCGGGAAUUAGGAACCUCUAGGGCACAAUGGACCCAUGGAAGCUUAAUUUGAAAUGAACCAGCCCUGGCUUCCCUUUCGUGUGAGUGAGCCCAGGCUGAGCUGGCAGCUCCCACUCAUUUGGAGGGAGGCUUCUUCGUGUCAAGGCACCUCUCUGCAGAGGAAGGUUUUGGCGAUGUUUCAAUGAAACCUUGAAAAUCUCAUCGCCCGGUUUUGUUGUUUUUUAAACGUAUUCAUGUAAAUUGCCACCCAGCUUGGCAGACGUGCCCAGGACAAUGCAGUGACAAAGGAAGGAUCUGGCUGGGAUCUCUGCAACAUAGGGCUUGAUGUGGCCUUUAAUGCAUUUAUGCUUUAGGGCCAAAAGGUCAGACUUGAGUGCCCAAAGUUAGGCACCCAACUAAAUGGCUUGUUUUUCAGGGGUUCUGAGCACCUGAAGCUUCUGGUAAUUUCCCUGGGAGUUUUCAAUCACAUUCUGAAAAGCAGGUCACUUAUUUAGGUGACCAAAUGUGGGUGAUGGGGCCUGAGUUUCAGAAGUGCUGAUCAUCGGCAGGUCCUGUUGACUUCAACUGGAGUUUGGGUUCAUAGCAUCUCUGGGAAGCAACCAAGUUUGAAAAUGUUGGCCAAGGUGCCCUACAAGUUGUAAAUUAUCCCUUGAUGUAGAAUAUUUGAGUGGUAUUUGGAGGCUUUAAUUUUAUUUUUAAUUGUUUGAACAUUUGGAGAUGUACACUUCCAUAAUUUUGAGGGAAACUCAGAUCCAAACACUAUUUAGACAAACAUUUAAAAAAAAUGUCUAAGUUCAUUGCUGUAUUUGGAAAACCAUUGAACUGCAGAUGGGGAGACAGGCUAAUGGGGAAUUAAUUUUUUAUUUCAGUCCAUGGAAGAAAAAUAACGGAUGUUUUAGAAUCGAAAUCACUGUUUAGUUUGCUUCUUCAUAAAAUAUGCAGUUUUGUAUUGUAGUUGAGCAACAAAAUAUUCUGCACAAAUGAUUGCACAGAAUAUUUUGUUGUUCAACUACAACUCCCAUCUUUCUAUUAAAGUGUUUAGAUUUAAUGCAGUUUGAUGCAAAACUUCCUGAGUGCAAAUAAGCCACCCCCAUGAUACCCAGAGUUGCACAUCCAGAGUGUUGCCAAAUUUUUCAGGUUAGAACAGUGAACAUGAGUCUAAAUAUAGCCCAAAUUCUUCUCUCCUUCCUCAUAUGAGUUUGAUGUGUUGAUUUCAAUGGGCUUCCCCUGGGAGUAAAGAAUGGAAGGUUUGCCCUCCGUGCAUCCUUCCUAGGUGAUGCAAUCCCUUUGUUUGUGAUUUCCUUUCAGAAGUCCCAUAAAUCAGUUUUCAGUCUGGGCACAGAACUUACUUUUUUUGCAAUUCAAAAUGCUGAUACUCUCUUCCAAUUAUGGCAUUGUGGAUUCUCAGUUAAGGUUAGGGUGACCAGGCAGCAAGUGUGAAAAAUCGGGACGGGGGUGGGGAGUAGGAGGAGCCUAUAUAAGAAAAAGACCCCAAAAUCAGGACUGUCCCUAUAAAAUCAGGACAUCUGGUCACCCUAGUUAGGGUAUUAAUGGUAAGUAUUGAUUUGAAGUCUUCUGAGUGCAAUGAGAGACAGAUAAACUGGAUUGCCACCAAACCUGUUCCACAGAAAACCUUUUGUUCAUUUAAAAGAAGCAAGAGAUUGGAAAAGUCUGUUUCUUAAACAUUUCCGACACUUUUUUUCCUAUCCGGACCUGGCCUUAACUCCCUCUUUCCCUCUGCCCCCCUCUUUCCUAAUUUUGAGGAUUUGAUUUCAAAAACAAAGUAAAUUCCCAGACUUUUUUCAUGCAAAGAUAGCUAUGAAAAUGUACACCAAUGUAAAGUGAUGCUAUGGCUAAAGUUUGCCACAGUGAUUUUUUUCCUAAAGAUCAUGAAAUAUUUGGAGUACCCUCUACCUCAACCCACAUCUGUCUAAUCUUUUUGACCUGUGAAAAGGGUCCUUUGAUUUUUGGCAGGGGAAUUGCAGCCCAAUUCAUAUUUGUGUGGUGCAGUGCUGCACCAACCUUUGCUGAUGGCUCUAGGUCCACCAUAAGCUCCUUCCGAGCUGGCUACAUAUUCUAAUACAGCGGUUCUCAAACUGUGAGUCAGUACCCCAAAGUGGGUCGCAAUCCCAUGUUAAUGAGAUACAUUUGGAGUGCCUCAAAGAAUUGUCUCAUUGGCCUGCCCCAGAAUCAGAGGUGAACUAGUCUUUACAAAACAAACUGUCUCCUAAUUUUCAUAUUUUAUAAUAUAUUUGCAGUUAUACUUUACAAAGAGAAAUACUUUUCAUCUCAAAUAUAAGCCAUCCAGGAGGGUUGAUUCUGUAUUCAGAUGUGCAUAUUUCUGAAAAGUGACUAAUAGGUCAUAUGCGGCUUUCAGUCAUUGCACAAUUCCCAUUGUCAGGAAUGUGAGUAACCAGUGUAGACUUGGAAGCAGUAUAUAUUGGGCUUUCUGUUGGUCCACACAUUGAACUCAGGUCUUUUGCAUUCAACCAUAUUUCUAAAAUGGGCUAUUUAAGUCACUUGGAGCUUUGGGGAAACUCUUGCUUGCCUUAUUUUUGCAAAGUUUUUAACACAAAAUCCUCAUCUCUUUCCCAUUUCAGACAUUGGAAUUCCAAAAAGGGCUAUGAAACUGCUUAAACAGUUUUGUCUUUUCAAGACUAAAUUAUUGUAAUUCUUUGUUUCCAGGAACCUUGUACACACAUGGCUGUAUUCUGAGAGGUGUUCAGCACUUCUUAGGAUUUGACUCAGAGGAUGUAACUUAUUCAAAAUGCAUGGAGUCUGGCAUCACCCAGAGACAUGAAUGUGUGGGCCACUAGAUAAUUUAUACAUUUUGGGGUGGGUUGGUUUGCCUGAUAAUGGUCAUUAUAAGCCUAAAGCUCAAGUUAGUUGUGUGUUUACACAAGUUGCUGGUCAGUGGAUGCAAAUUCUCAAAUUCCAUUUACUUCAUUGAGAGUAUAUGGACAGAAGGCAAUGUGUGGCCCCAAGAACAUAAAUUAUGAACUAAAGUGAAGUAUCUUAUUUUCUACAUCCUGAUCAUGGUAUUUUAUUUGUGAAAUUGCUAGAGUUGCAGGGAAGGAAAAGCCACACAAAGGUCUUGCGUCUCCAGAUCGAGGAACAUAAUGAGCCAGGAUAUCUAUUCAGCAAGUCACAAUAGGCCAGGUUGCCUCCCUCCCUUUGAAAAACCAUGGGAGAGGGGACAUGGAAAUCUCUGCUGGGUUUUUUCAUGGAGAGGGCCUCAAAUUGUCCUGCUGGGACAGGGUUUGCCCUGGAGAAAAACCACACCAAAGUUGGCAGAUCCUGGGGCAUCUGGCUGUACCUACACAGCAGCUCUGGCUCCACAGGUCCCCACUCCUUGGCACUGUGGCUUUACUGAAGCUGGACUACCAUGGGGUCCAAUGCCACAAAGCUCCAAGGGCCUGGGCCUGGAUUAACUUUUCCAGCUAACUUCCAUGGGGGGUGGAGGGAGGGCAAUGUGCAUUUCUCCAGUUACCCUUCCUCUCACUCCCCCACCCCUUGACAUGACCCUGUACACACAGGGAGCCCUCCACAAGGUUAUUGGUGCGUCUCUUCUUUGCAGAGGAAGGGGAGAUCUGAGGUCGGGGGAUCCUCCCUUGUGCAUGUCUAUGGAGGUACAAUCUGGCUUUAUAGUUAGGUGAAGCUCAUGGAGUUCACGGUUUCUUAAAGCUUUCAAAGUAUUUUUGCUGUUUACAAAACUAGGUCAUACAUCUUUUCUUCCCCCGACUUGUAAUUUUCUCCUAAGGGAAACUUAAUAAAUAAAAAGUUGUCCUACCUAAAAGGAAGGUGUUUUAUAUAUCAGAGAUGAAAAAAAAACCCUCCAAAAGCAAAGUUAGCAUGUGUGGGUACCCUGGAUAUUGUAUAUGCUGUAUUUAUUUUUGCUUUACAAUAAUUCUCUCUCUCUCUUCCUUUUUUCACAUUCUCCCCGUUGUAUUUGUUUUCCCUCUGCCUACUUUCUGCUCUGUUUUUACCUUAUUAUGUCAAUGUAUUUUUUCUUUAAAAAAAUACAAACCCAAUAAUAUUUGAAUUUGGUUUGAACCCAAGAUGCCUGGAUGGACUUGAAAUUUGUACUUUGGUACAAAAUAAAUUCAUCCACCUGUGAUGCAGAUCACAUAAAUAUGGGCGGGGAAGGAGAUAAAUUUUUUGUUGGCUGGAAAUUUCUGGAAUGUUUAAAACCCAGAGAACAGAUAUUUUGGGAGCAGAGGUAAAUAGUCUUUGCUUUUCCCCAACGCCCUACAUUUAAAUUGUUGUCUUCUCAGAUGUACAACCAAUAAGUGGCUGGUUUGCAACAUACAGUUUUUGCACAUAUAACUGCUAACACAAUAACCUCAAUGCAAUUGUCAGCACUGAAGAAACAUGCCUGAUCCAGAGUCAAUUAAAGUUUUGCCAUUCACUUCAAUUGGAGCAGAAUCAAGUCCAUACAUUUGGAUAAAUUCAUAAAUAUAUAUUAAAACUUCUGAGAUGGGCAAACUGUGUAUAGUUUUUAUUUAACUAUCAUGUAAUACCACAUGUGAGAGACCACAAUGAAAUGGAACUAUACAUCCAAAAUGUGAGAGGGGUGGAGAGAUGUCGUGCCCUGGUCCAUGCAUGUCACUGCAGUAGCAUGUGUGUCUCUUGAUGGUUUUUGAACAUGGCAUACGACACUUAAAAGUGGAUGUUAUUUGAAUGAUUUUUUGACACAUGAAAAAUACUACUCCAUCGCCUACUAGAAUACAUAUAUUGUAUUGGGGUUUGUACAGGGUACAAAUAUAUUGUAUUGGUCAUGUUUA